AUGCUAGCUACUUACUAUGAUCUGUCUCUGAAUGGAUUCAAGGCCCCCGCGAAGGGUGCGCGGGGAGAGGCGGCGGCGGCAGGCGCGGUUUACGUCACCGCGCUCUCAUGCUUAACGUCAUCUGGAUCUAGGCAAACGACUAGUUCACUCCGCCAGACGUCUAGCAGAUCUUCCACUUGUGAAGAUGGGCGGUUGACAGACAGAUCUAUCAGACACUUUCAAAUUUCGAAUUUGAGAAGGAGCCCCCAGAGCCCGUCGCUUCAAGUCGUUUCUCCAGAUCACUGCUUCAUAUCGAGGAACUACAACAAGAAAAGUCCCCGACGACUUGUUGAGAUGACGAAGCACCCUGGGGAUCAGGGGCAGCAUAGGGCAGUGGAAAAACCCGAGCAAGAUUGUAUUGCCAAUCUCGGC